ACCGACAAUCAUGGCAGACUUGGGAAACAUCGUUCAUCUUGUUGCUCUCAGCUGUUUUCUAUUUCUUUCUCAUGGAGUUGAAACCAAUGGUAGAACCACUGGAGCUGUUAUUGUUGAGCUCAACUUUACCAAUGUUCUUGAUGGGAUUCCUGGCGCUGAAGGGCCUGUGUUCAACAACAGAUCACACUUCUACAUGGUUGCCCCAGAAGUGGAAAAGAAUGGAAAAUAUGCAGGACAAGUAUUAAAAGUUGACUUGGAAAAGAAACAGACAAGUGUGCUUGUGGAGCCAUCUAUUGAUGGCUAUGGCGGCAUCCCGGCUGGUAUGCAGUUUGGUAAAGAUGGAACGUUUCGAGUUUCUGAUAUGCGACUUGGGAUUCUCAAAGUCACACCUGAUGGACAAAUGACACAGCUGGCUAAGAAUGACAGCGAAGGACGUCCAAUGCAGGGCUGUAAUGACUGCAUAUUUGACUACCAGGGGUCACUGUGGGUGACAGCGCCUGCAGGGGAGAUAGCUCCAGCUCCUUACACAAGAUCGUUCCAGGAUCCCUUCGGCUCUGUGUACUGCAUGUUGAGAGAUGGUCAAGUGAUUAGAGUGGACACAGGGAUUCGAUUCCCUAACGGCCUAGCUGUACUCCACUCCGACAACGGCCAGCCCAGGAAACUGAUUGUAGCCGAGACCCCAACAAAACUGCUGUGGGGGUACGACAUUGUCGAGCCUGGGAGGGUUGCCAACAAGACAGUGUGGGGGAGACUCCCUGGUGGCCAUGAGGGUGGGGCUGAUGGGAUGGACUUUGACGAGGACAACAAUCUACUGGUGGCACACUGGGGCAGUGGAUACAUAGAAGUGUUCAGUCCGGAGGGUGGAUUGCCACAGAAACGCAUCAAGUGUCCGUUCUCCAAAGUCAGCAAUCUGCACUUCCACCCACAAUGCAACACUGUGUACGUCACUGAGCAUGACACGUUUGGCUUGUGGAAGUUUGAGUGGGAAAGGAAGGGCAAACCACAGUAUUUUGAAGUGUAGUUAUUUAGUAUGUCUGUCAUAUAGUUCAUGUAGUUCAUCAUUCAAACAUAUGUUUCUUUUUAUCACAUCGUUUCAUGACAGGUCACAUUAAUAUUAGUACAAUCCAGUUGCUUGCCAUUACUUUAUUCGACGUAAUAAGCGCCCUACUCUAAUAAGCGCCAAUGGCGACAUUUGCUAAUAUAUUGGCUGGUGAACAGUCCCAAUUAGCACCCCUUCCAAUUGAUCAAUGUACACAAGACU